CCAACGCGCUAGUCGUGCCGGUGCCACAAUCGUUAUAACAACCGCAUCCGACCGGUCCGUCGUCGUAUAGUCUUAAACAUAAAAAUUAUCAAUGAAUAUAAGUAUUAAUUUUUUUUUUUUAAUGUAAAGUAUUCUGUCAAAUGUUAAGUUGACGUCGACCUCGAGUUGUCGAGAUUAUUACAUUGAAAUAAUAUUGUGUUACCGGCCGAAAAAAACCAAGUGGAAUAUUAUUUUAUUUAGAAGAAAAAAUUAUAAUAAUAAUACCAUCGCGAAUUAAAUGUUUGAUAUUUCACGUUUAAUUUUUCGAUAACACGUUUGAGUGCGAUUUAUAUAUAAUAUAAAUAUAUUUUUAUUACUUAAAUUUCAUUAUAAUAUAAUAUAUUCGAGUGAAGUUCAAGAGAGUUUUUAUCGCCGUCGCUGCUGUCUGCCAAAAUGCCGCGGAUAACCUCCAGAACAACGCGCAAAUAAUAAACGGCCAUUAUCACGAUCGGUCUAUAUUGCAAUAUCAUAUCACAGUGUAUUUUGUACAAUCGUCGGUCAAGGUGAUUCCGCGCUCACAAACAAGUAACACAUAUUAUAAAAUACCGCGUAGUAAUGCAGGAAAGACGGCCUAACAAUAUCGCGAGCAAGGAUCUUUCGAUCGUCCCGGUCCAGCCACCAUACCAGCCGAGUGUGUGUGUAUCUUAUAAACACACAUAUAAAUAUAAAAUUAUCCGUCGACAUUAAGAGAUCCGAGGGCGAUUGUCUACAGUGAAUCACACAGUGGCGGCUGCAGGGCCGACCGGCUUGUAACUUGACUACAACAGCUGUAGCGGUGGCGGCGACUACGGCAAAGGCAGCAGAGUUCAACGCUGCAGACAAAUACGGCACGGCGGCGGAUUACCACCAGCACCAUUACAUGAGCAGCAGCAGCAUGCAACAGACAGCUUCCGCUUACCGGGGCGUCGUAGAGUCCGGUGGCUGCGGGGUGUCCGUCGGGGCGUCCGCGGUGACGGCCUCUUCGUCGUCCCCGUCACCUCAGUCACCACCGCCUUCUUCACCCAGACCUCAAAUCACGUCGUCGCCCACGGCCACGUCGGCGUCUUCUAUACAACCCCCACCCGUGGCCACGGCACUCAUAUCUCCUCCGCCGCUUUCGCCCUGUGGCGGCUAUAGCUUGCUGAGCAGUGCCAGUGGCGGCGGAUUCUACGGAGACAGCAGUGCCGGAACUCAUCUGCAAAACCAACCACAGUACGGUGGACCAGGGACGUGUAACUAUUCCGCCACCGGCAUUGCCAGAAAGUCACCUUGUGCCGGCGAUUCCCUUUUGCUGUUGCAACAUCAACAGCACCAGGGUCUGCAAAACGGCGCCGAACACCACUUGCAACAAUUGGAUCUACAUCCUCACCAAUUCCCCCAUCACCAACAACAACAGCAUCACCAUCACCAGAUGCAACAAAACGGCGGCGGCGGUGAUUACCACAACAGUCAUCAUCACCAUCAUGACAUGCACCACAUGCACCAUGACGACGGCGGUAUUGGCACGGCGUAUACCGGCCUGUACGGACCUCCCUCUUCGCCGCCACUACAACAACAGUUGACCAGCGGCGGUGGCGGCGGCGGCCUAAUGGUCAACAAUGUCAUGUCUUAUUCAGGCGGUUACAACGGUGUCGGCGGAGUGUACAACGGCGGCGGCGGUGGCGGACAGAGUUGUUAUUCCGCGGCUGCCGUCGCUGCGGCAGCGGCCGCUGCUGCUGCGGCGCAACAGGAUUAUACGGGAGGAUACGGCGGAGGGGGAGGGUCGACGGCCGGGUAUUCUACGACAGCCGGACAUCAUGGCGCUGGACAUCAGGUCGGCGGACAUCACGGUGCUGUCGGUGGUGGUCACCAUCAUCAAUCGUCGGCCAGUACAGCAGCCGCCGCGGUGGCCAGUUACUAUGCGGCCGCUGCUGCAGCAGCCGCCGCCGCAGCAUCAGCCGCGUCCCAAGGUCCUGGCGGCUAUUCAUCACCGUCCGCACACUAUGGCAGCAAUCCGCCCACUUACGGCCAACUGCAACCGGUCGUGGGUGUACUCCAACCAGACAGUCCACCGACUUCUGUGUCGCCGUCGUCACCCGUCAAAUCAACAACGUCUGGUGGUGGCCGCCGACUAGUCGACAACGGCGGUCGUUGUGGUAACGGCAGCAACCGAGGUGGUCGUGGCAGGAGAUCCGUAGCUGCAAACGCAGGCGGGCCUUUGGCUUCGCUGGUCAAUAACCCGUCGCCCUUGCAAUCGACCGGCAACACGACGACGGCGGGAGACUGUCAACAACAGCAGCUUGAAAGGGUGUUUAUUUGGGACCUGGACGAGACCAUAAUCAUAUUCAAUUCGCUGUUGACCGGCGGUUUCGCCACCAACCAUUCCAAAGACCAACAGGUCAUGCAACCGCUGGGUUACCGUAUGGAGGAGAUGAUAUUCAAUUUGGCCGACAACAGUUUCUUCUUCAACGAAAUCGAAGAAUGCGAUCAAGUGCACAUCGACGACGUGGCGUCCGACGACAACGGACAAGACCUGAACGGCUACAACUUCAGCACCGACGGGUUCCACAGCCAGCAUCACGGGCAACACCAUCACAUGAUGUCAGGCGGAGGGUGUGCAGGAGGUCAGGGCGCCGGUUCUUCUUCGCAGGUCCGCGGCGGUGUCGACUGGAUGCGCAAGCUAGCGUUUCGCUACAGGAAGAUCAAAGAACUCUACAACAACUACCGCAAUUCCGUCGGAGGACUCCUGGGACCCGGCAAAAGGGACGCUUGGCUGCAGCUGAGGGCCGACAUCGAACUGCACACCGACGAUUGGCUGACGAUGGCCAUUAAGUGUUUAGGCCUUAUCAACUCUCGGCCGAGCUGCGUAAACGUUCUGGUGACCACCACUCAUUUGAUACCGGCCCUGUCCAAAGUGUUGCUGUACGGUCUCGGUGGGUUGUUCCAGGUGGACAACAUCUAUUCGGCCACGAAAAUCGGCAAGGACUCGUGUUUCGAACGUGUCGUGGCCAGGUUCGGCCGGAAGUGCACGUACGUGGUGAUCGGCGACGGGCACGAAGAGGAAACCGCGGCCAGACAGUUGAAUUUUCCUUUUUGGAGAAUUUCGUCUCGCAAUGAUCUGGCAGCACUCUACAACGCGUUGGACAUGGGUUUCCUGUAAAUAGUUGCACUGAACCGAUGGCACACACAAACUCCACUGUAAUAUUGUACAUAAAACAAAUUAUAAAAUAUUUUCUGUGUUGAUUGUAAACUUAAGACGGUAGAAUUUAAACAAAUUUUAAUAAUAAUCAAAAAAAAUGAAGAGAGAAAGAGAGAAAAUGUGUGUUUUUUUCACCACAAAUUUGUUGUACACGAUGCACCUCGCCCGUCACAAUAGGCUUUACAUUUGUAUUUAUUUAUCUAGUAUACAUAAUAUUGUACAUACAUACCAUACUCGAUAUUUCUAUUUGUAUUAUUUUAUUAAAAUAUAUAACACAUUUUAUCUAGAUAAAAUAUAAUAUACCGUUAUA